GAAUAACACAGAAAUGAAGUUACUCAAUCUACUCAUUUUCCUAGCUACCGUCAUAGGAGCGUGCACUGGGUCUCCCCACGGCCCUUACAUCCGCCACCUUAACGAUGUGACCAUUAAGUUCAAUGCUGCAGCUGCUGAGAUUGCCUGGGAGUCUUCUGUGGAUCCUGGGAACCCUGAGCUUCCUUUGAGGUCUGCGAACUAUCAACGACAGCGGAUUGCGUGGGAGGAGAGGAGUUGCGCAAGAUUGGCCUCGCUUGAGCGGAGUCAGCUGCUAAAUGGAACGGAGAGGAGGAUGGCGUAUUUGUUCUGCAGGGGCCCAAGGUUCACGCUCGAUGAGGCUAUGAAAAUCAGCAAAUUAUACGAACGCCUUCAAUCCAUAUACUCCGACGCAAAAGUCUGCAUCCCGUUUGACAAAACCAAACCCCCUACAGAUCUGUCAGGAAUGGAGUCCGCCAUCUUGGAUUAUAUCGCAACUGUCAAACGAGUACUGAAUGUGAAGUCUGAAGGAGUAUCCAGAGUCGCAAAACUAGCAGUAAACGAGAAAUCCGAGACCUCCCUCUGUUUGUACGGCGACACCGAUUUCGAUAAAAUGAUGAGAUUCUCCCGAAACGAGGAAGUUUUGCGCUGGUUGUGGAUAUCUUGGAGGGAGAAGGUUGGGCCUCCUAUGAAGAAGCCAUAUCGAGAGCUAGUGGAUGUGGAAAAUAGGGCUGCUAAACGGAAUGGUUACACAGACAUCGGCGCCACCUGGCGUGACGAAUCAGAAGUAACCGACUUACGUCUGAUCUGCCGUCGUCUAUACAACCGAGUCAAACCGUUGUAUUCCCUUCUACAUGGUGUUGCCAGAUAUUACUUGAGAAAGAAGUAUGGAGAUAUAGUGCCGGAGAAAGGUGCUAUACCUGCGCAUUUACUUGGCAAUUUAUGGGCACAGAACUGGGAGUCAAUUGCUGAUCUUAUUCUGCCUCAAAUAAUAGACCUCGACAAAAGCAUUAAGAACACUAACUGGACUACUGUGGACAUGGUAAAACACGCGGAAGAUUUCUACCAAUCCCUCGGCCUGCCCGCCAUGACGGAUACGUUUUGGCGGCAAUCCGUGUUUGAACGGCGCAGCGCAACCACGCGUUGCCAUGGCACCGCGGCAGACUUGUUUCAAGGUGGCGACUUCAGGCUCUUAUAUUGUUCAGGGUCAACAGCAGAAGAUCUGUACGUGAUCCAUCAUGAGUUGGGACACAUUCAGUACUACAUGGCGUACGAAAACCAGCCUGGUAUUUUUAGGCAAGCAAACUCAGCACUCCACGAAACCAUCGGAGACACCAUCAUGUACGGAGUCCUAACCCCACAACACCUCUACCGCCUCGGCCUUAUCAACGACUCCAUGCUUUUCAUCAACCCUAAACUGGAUACUAAACUAUCCAGCCAAGAAUCCUUACCUAAAGAGCAACUACAUUCCAUCGAUUCAACAAAUGAAGAUCCCCAAAGAGACAACAUUGAUGAAGAAAUUCUAAAAUCUAAAGAAAUUCAUGAAAAUUCAAAUGCAGAAUGGAAAGAUUUAACCACAGAUGAUAUAUUACUUCUUAAACAAGCUCUAAAUAAAAUACCACAGAUACCAUUUGCGCUGGUCAUAGAUGAGUAUAGAUGGAGGUAUUUUGAAGGAGAUUUGAAGGAGGAAGCUCUGAAUGAAGAGUUUUGGGAUCUGAUGAUGGAACUGCAAGGUGUAGCGCCUCCGGAGAGAAGGAGUGAGGAGGGAUUUGAUGCUGGGGCUAAGUAUCAUGUCCCUGAUAACACACCAUUUAUAAGAUACUUCCUAAGCAGCUUUCUCCAGCACCAGCUCUUCGAAAGCCUUUGCAAAGCUGCCGUAUUUGGCCGAGUUGGAGCUAAAGAACACAUACCAAAAACCAUACCUAUGAACCGGUGUGAUAUCUACGGAUCCAAGGCUGCUGGGAAACUGUUGAAAGAACUAAUGUCAAAAGGCCAUUCUCAUAACUAUCAAGAAUUACUCCAAGUGACGAUCGGCAUAGACGGCAUCUCCUCAUCAGCUCUCGAGCGAUACUACCGCCCUCUGCACUCGUUGCUGGUUAAACACGUGCGCGCGCUCCGCAUCCCUAUUGGCUGGUAGCUGACCAAUCAGAGCGUCAGAGCGUUUGAAUAAGGAAUUUUGAAGAUAAGAAGGAAUAUAGAGAAUAAAGUAGUUAACUUAUUUUGAAUGUGGGAUGAUCUUUA